AUGAGGAUUAUGAGGAGAAUGGCUUUGGAAAAUACCUCUUCAGUGACUGAGUUCAUCCUUGCAGGCUUAACAGAUCAUGCAAAGCUCCAAGUACCUCUCUUUCUCCUGUUUAUGGGGAACUAUGUGAUCACUAUAAUGGGGAACCUGGGACUGAUCAUUUUAAUCAGGAUGAAUUUUCAGCUUCACACUCCUAUGUACUAUUUCCUCUUCAACUUGUCUUUCAUAGAUCUCUGUUACUCAUCUGUCUUUACUCCCAAAAUGUUGAUGAAUUUUGUCUUAAAGAAAAACAUCAUCUCUUAUUCAGGAUGUAUGACUCAGCUCUAUUUCUUCUGUUUUUUUGUUAUUUCUGAGUGCUAUGUGUUGACAAUAAUGGCUUAUGAUCGUUAUGUUGCCAUCUGUAAUCCAUUGCUGUAUAAUGUUACUAUGUCCAAUCAGGUCUGCUCAUGGCUAGUGGGAGGGGCAUAUGUAAUGGGGUUUGCUGGUGCCAUGGCCCACACUGGAUGCAUGCUGAGACUGUCCUUCUGUGAUGUCAACAUCAUAAACCAUUACAUGUGUGAUGUUCACCCCCUUCUCCACCUCUCGUGCACUAGCACCCAUGUCAAUGAGCUGGUGGUUUUCAUUGUUGUGGGCACUAACAUCAUAGUGCCUAGUAUCACCAUCUUUACCUCUUAUGCUCUCAUCCUGUCCAGUAUCCUGAGUAUCAGCUCUACUGAAGGCGGGUGGAAAGCCUUCAGCACCUGCAGCUCCCACAUAAUUGUUGUUGCUCUUUUCUUUGGGUCAGCUUCAUUCAUGUAUCUCCAGCCCUCUUCAUCAGAGUCUGUGGACCAGGGCAAAAUAGCUUCAGUGUUUUACACAAAUGUGGGGCCCAUGCUAAACCCCCUCAUUUAUAGUCUGAGGAAUAAAGAUGUUCAGGUUGCCUUUAGGAAAACUUUGAGGAGAAUGUUUUUCAGCACAGAAACAAGAUUUUCAUAA